CGCAGUAGCAGCUGUAAGAUGAAGGAAGAAACGAAUUUGAGGGUUAAGGGAGAAUGGGUUCGUCGGCGUGGAGGGGGAAGGAGGCUCACCGCGCCGCUAGUCGUCCUCACCGCACCUCACCACGAGCUGCGUUCCACAGCCGUCCGUCGCAUCCUCGCUGCACCGUCUCUGUCGCCGAUGAUGGAGAACCAAGAGGGAGGAGCGUGCGAGGAGAGGAAGGCGCUGUGUCUGGAGGCUGCCGCCGUCGUCCUCACUGCUGCACCACCAUCGGGCCCGCAAUCGUGGAGGAAGCACAACGCUGCCGUGGGUCCAUUUCCGUCGAACUCGAAGGAGGAGGAAGGCCGAGAUUGGGCAGCGCUGGGAGAGAAAGAAACGCGAGCUGGAGGAGCUGCGUCCAGUUGCCGCUGACGCGCCACUGACCGCCGCCGUUCCGCUGCGCCGAGGGUCCCUUUCCUGCUAGAUCUGCCGCCGUCAAGCUCUCAGGCCACCAGAACA